ACCGCCUUCCCCGUCGCCAUCAGCCUGAUAUAAAACCCUGCGUUGCUCCUUCGGCUUUCGUUCUCCAUGUUUGUGACUGAAUCAGGUCAAGCUUUUAUGGGUCUAUAUGGAGUUGCUCUCAAACUUACAGCUCUUUCAGCUAAUCUCCUCCUUGGAUGGAUUGAUGGUCAUGAAGCAGCCCUGGCGCCAACUAUCUCCAAAAACAAUAAAACCGUCCCUAAUCCAGAGUAUACCUCCUGGACCAUCGUUGACACACAGAUCCGCGCCUGCCUCCUAGCGGUCAUCAGCCCCUCCGUUCACAAACAUGCUCGCGGCUUCACCACAUCUGCUGCCCUCUGGGAUGCUUUGGCCGCACGGUACAACUCCGUGUCCACCGCUCAUGUUUAUCAACUUCGGGACAAACUCCACACUCUUCGUAAAGAUUCGUCGUCCCAGGAGCCAACUGACGACCCCCAACAGGCAUCCACCUCUUCCUUUAGCCAGCAACGAUCCACCGGUGACGACCGUACGGACGCGACGACCAAGAUAUGCGCGGCAUCCUGCCUCUGCGCAGCCAGCAACGAAGGCUCUGGAGCGACGGCGAGCUCCAGCCAGGGCGUGAUAGCUCCAGAUCUAUCGCUGCCGACGGCACCCCCUCAAAUGGCCAAUGCCUCACUUGGCCCCUGGACGGAUCCGCGUUGCUGCUCCGUUCACUCCUUCGUCCCGGCCAGCCAUGAGACAAAGAUAUUGGCUAGUGACGGAACAUCCAGCAAUCGCACCACGUUCAACAAUGGCGGCGAAAGGGUCCGGAUUUCACCGUCCCANAGCUCCAGCCAGGGCGUGAUAGCUCCAGAUCUAUCGCUGCCGACGGCACCCCCUCAAAUGGCCAAUGCCUCACUUGGCCCCUGGACGGAUCCGCGUUGCUGCUCCGUUCACUCCUUCGUCCCGGCCAGCCAUGAGACAAAGAUAUUGGCUAGUGACGGAACAUCCAGCAAUCGCACCACGUUCAACAAUGGCGGCGAAAGGGUCCGGAUUUCACCGUCCCAUGACGGCUUUUACGUCCUCACCGUUCAGUAAUGGGGAAAUUUAAUCCUCCCCCACUCAGAUCUAGAAGGAAGGACUAAAGAGCUUAAGGAAAUUCAUUGGCCGAGUAUAUGCUGUAGCUCCAACAGUGGUUAGCUUUUGCAAACGGCGUGUCUGUGCAUUUUCUCUUGGGAAGUCUGGACUCAAUAAAAAAAGAUAAGUGUCUGACACCAUUGUCUCAACUAUCCAUUUAUAUUAUUUUUAGAAUAUCAGCAAUAUCAUCAUUGCUAUCAUUUGCUCUAUUAUUAUUACCAUUACCUUGUCCACCACAUGUGAUCGGACCUCACUUGGACGAUGGUAUUACACUUUGUGUUCAACACUUUAAGCCCUGAUGUGGGACGAGUGCAAAGCUCAAUCUCACACCCCACACAGGCCAGCGACCUGCCUCAGGGCAUGGCUCAGAUCCAACUCAUUUAGUCAUCCCUUAGCGAGGCCGGGUAAAACCUCCCUACGAGGUGUUGAAGAUCGUCCACGACGAUAGUAUCGCGAGGCCGAGGUAAGCCGUCCAUCUCGACGCACUCCUAUACAUCCGUAUUCCACGACGCGAUCUCAUUUCCUCUUCCACGAGGCCGAGGUAAGCCGUCCACCACGACGCACUCCCAUCCGUCUCCCACGACGUGAUUUUAUUUCCUCUUCUACGAGGCUGAGGUAAGCCCUCCCCGCGAGGCACUCCAGAUCGUCCGCAACGAUAUUAUCGCGAGGCCGAGGUAAGCCGUCCAUCUCGACGCACUCCUAUAUAUCCGUCUUCCACGACGUGAACUAUUUGCUCUCGGAUCUAAGGCGAGGGGUGCAUCCUUUGUGCCUA